UCAGCGCACUGCGCGCAACAGGACGCGCGGGCUUAUUCCUUACUACAGGACUGCGUACCCUCCCGGGCUGCGGCGUUUCAUUGACUGAUUUCGUCCUUAAAGAUAUUUUCUCCAAAAGGAAUAAAGUGCAAAAGAAAUGAGAGCGUGGAAAGUGCGGUUUCUGUGCUUCGUGGUGUUGAAUGCAGCUGUGCAAAAUGUGACGUCCUUGGAGGAAGAGCUCGCCGAUUCUAUUUUUGGUAACUUCCUCGAUCCUGUGAAAGGCUUUUUUGACCACGAGGCUGAGAGCAAUGCCACUGUUGCCAAAUUCUCGCUCCGCAAGCCAUCCCAUCCCGAUGAUGACCUCUGCUACAUCAUUCCAGGAAAACCCGACUCCCUGGCAACCUGCACUUUCAACAGCACUUCCAAAACCUUUCUCAUAAUCCAUGGCUGGACGCUGAGUGGUAUGUUUGAAAGCUGGAUCCCUAAACUGGUAUCGGCGUUGUAUGAGAGAGAGCAGACGGCCAACGUCAUCGUGGUGGACUGGCUCAACUCGGCUCAGAAUCACUAUGUGGUCGCGGCUCAGAAAACCAAAGCAGUGGGGCGGGAGAUCGCCAGGUUCAUCGAUUGGAUCGAGGAGACCACCAACAUGCCUCUUGAGAACAUUCACCUGAUUGGCUACAGCCUCGGGGCCCACGUGGCCGGAUUUGCCGGCAAUAAUAAAUUGCAUCCAUUUCUUUCCUCCUCAGCUGUGUCGGACGCCGUCAAGUGUGAACACGAGCGUUCGGUUCACCUCUUCAUCGACUCCCUGCUGAACGAGCAGGAAGCGGCCACGGCGUACAGGUGCGGCAGCAACGAGAUGUUCGACCGCGGGAUGUGCCUGAGCUGCCGGAAAAGCCGCUGCAACACGGUGGGCUACGACAUCAGCAAGGUCCGCAAGCCUCGCAGCGUUCAGAUGUACACCAAGACACGAUCCUCCAUGCCUUUCAGAGUUUACCACUAUCAGCUGAAGAUCCACUUCUCCAGUAAGGUGAAUAGCUCGGAUAUGGAGCCCUCGCUUACUGUCUCGCUGUAUGGAGCCAAAGGAGAGGCUGAAAACCUGCAGCUUAAACUAAAGGAGAAAAUUCUCACAAAUAAGACACAUUCGUUCCUGCUGGUGACGGAGAAAGACAUCGGUGACCUGCUGAUGCUGAAGUUUAAGUGGGAGGAGACGAACGGCUGGUCCGCGUCAAGCAUGCUGAAGAUGGUUUCCUCUUGGUGGUCUGGCAGCUCAGAUGGCGCUAACGUGGCGGUUCACAAAAUCCGCAUUAGAGCGGGCGAGACGCAACAAAAGAUGGUGUUCUGCAUAAAAGAUGCUGACGCUCAGAAGCUGACACAGGAGCUCACGUUCGUUAAAUGUAAGGAUUCGUGGAGGACGAACAGAAAGCGAACUCUAAGAAGAGUAACUCUGGAGAACCACUGAUCGUGAAGACAAGACGCUCUCCACCAUCCGCUUUGUCCAUUUCAGCACUUAGCAGAUAAUUUAUACACUAGUAACUUUUAUACACCAGUAAAUAUCUGAAAGCCUUUAUCACCUUGAUAUAUCCAAAUAGGUAUAAUGUUUAAAACAACAUGUAUGUGAAUACUAUGUCAUACUUUGUAAAAAAAAAAAGUAAUUUAAUGACUUUUGCUUGAUUGUUGUACUACUAGUAAAUCUUCCUGACAGGCCAGAUCAGAAGUUUGGUUGUAGAGGUACUAAUGAUGUGUAGUACAAUAAUAAUAUUUCAUAUAAAGGAACCACUGUGAAAUAUAAUAGAGUGACACCUCUGAAAAUGAGGAAAAAUAAUAUUAAAGGUGUAUUUUUUUGUGCGUUUUAAGCAGUAGGUUACAGUUUAGUUACCUUUUUGUGUUACCUAAGUAAGUACUAAGUCACCGAGCAUUCACCACUGUGACUCUCAGCGCUGUAUGUGACUGUGGGACCUGUAUCAGUGUGCCUUACUGUAAACAAGCAGCAGAAGCAAGCUCUUGCAAACUGACUUUUCGGAUUUUUAUUGUUGCUUUCCAACUCGGGGUCCGUUGUUCUUACUGUAUGAACUUAUACUGAAGCACUCAAAGCUGAAAAAGGUGUUAUUUUAAAUGCUUUUGCAUGUUUUACUGCUUCACUCCUGCAAGAAGACGUUACUUUGAAGCCGUCACCUCAAAGAAGUGCUGGAUACUCUUCUAAAAACGGCUUCCUUCUUUUAACGAGUAUGUAAUAUUCGGCGUGAGCUCGAAAGCAAAGCUUAUAUUAAUGUUUGUAAAGUGCAAUGUCUGCUGUGGAUAAGGUUUUAUUUUUUGGCUCUUGCUCAUUCAAUUAUGCAUUUCCAGUUUGUAAGCAAUACUUGAACCUCAGUUCUUCAGAGGUAUUGUACUGUAAUGAUUGUGACUUUAAAAAAAAGGUAUUUUGCACUUAAAACAGGGAAAGAGAAAACACUCACCUGUACAAUAAAUGUAAAUACUAUAAUAUAGUACUGGAGUCUCUUAUAUGGAGCGCUGCUAGUUAUAUAUUUUCACCUCUCUGUGAAUUUGAUCUAUAAAAAGUGUGUUCGUGUAAUCACUGUACAUAGCUGUAAAUACGUCUCUUUAUUGUAUAAAUUCUUUAAUAAAACCAGCGUGUCG